AUACCUGAAAAGUUCUGUAUAGCCAUGGAGGCGGAGGAAGGCGGCGGCAUCACCAUCGUUGGACGGGCGGAGAUCGAUACUCGACCACCCUUUCGCUCGGUUAAGGAGGCGGUCAUGUUAUUUGGAGAAAAAGUUCUGGUUGCAGAAAUUUAUGGCAACAAGCUCAAAGAGAUGAGAGUUCAAGUAGGAGAAAGCGGGAAAGGCCAAUCCAAGAUCGCAGCCCUAACGUCGGAGCUAGAAGAAACAAAGCAAAGCCUGCAAAGGACCAAAGAGGAAGCCAACUCAAUGUCGUUCAGCAUAAAAGUACUAAAAGAAGAGCUUGAAAAAACGAAAAACGAUCUGCAGAAGUUCAGGGAAAAGGAGUUUCAGAAGCAGCGGUUCGAGCCUGACAGUGAAGACUUCAAGUUCAUCGAAGAAGCAACCAAAGUGGGCUUCACAAAACCAUGCGACCAGAAGAAGAGAUACGUGAAAUUUGCUAGCCCUCCUUCAUUAGCUCAAGUUAUUGUCAACAAAGAGGAAAUGGUGGAAAAACCAGUUAAGAAAGUUAGAAGGAAGCCAACAAUCUCCAUGAUCGGAUGGCUUUUUGCCAAGAAGAAAGGAAGACGAGAAGAUGAUCAGUCCCCGAGAACAAAUGACUUUCAGAGGCACUUGCUGUUCUAGGUGAGCUUGCAGGGUUAGUUGCCACCAGGAUAAAUACAAUGCAGAGCUUGUGUGAUAAUCAUAGAUCAUUGCCCUGAAUUUUGA